GGUAAAGGAAACCGUACCGGAGGUCAUACCGGAUCCGUCAGCGGUAGGGUAUUUUGUGGUACGACCGUGAUUUAACCGUUGUGUACCGGUAAAAUACCGUGUUUGUAAUUAAAUAAUAUUUUUUUGUUAAAAAAUCGUACCGGCAGAUUCAUGAUACCGUUUCGGAGUAAUACCGGAAUAAAACUGGAAUAUACCGGAUAACAAUCUUGAAUAAACUAAAUAGGCAUAUGUAAAAGGAAGAACAUUGGAAAAAAAAACUCAACAUUAUAAUUAAAAAUUAGUCAAAACAUUCAAAACAAUGAAUCAUACAUGCCGUGUUGUUGUCUUGAGCUGUUGAGCAGUCAGUCUCCUUACUCGGCUACUCCUAGGCGGCACGUUCUUCUUGAGCAGGGGAGGGAGAGGCGUGCCGGCAGAGCAGUGGUGGAGCGCGGAGCAGCGCAAAGAAACCACGGAGCGCGGAGCAGCGGCGGUCCUGGUCGCCGGUCGAGAAGAGGAGAGACGCGGUUGCGGAGCGCGGAGCAGCGGCGGUCCUGGUCUCCGGUCGGCGGUCGAGAAGAGGAGGAGAGACGCCGCGGUCUUGGUCGCCAGCAGCUGGAAACAGAGAAACGAAGACUGUGCUACUCUUUUUCGUUUGGCUAAUGAUUUAGGGUUUUGAUCAUUGGCCUUCGGCCGAUCUCUCUUUUUUUUUUAAUGCCAAAACGACGCCGUUUCCUUCCCAUAAGCUUACCCCCGGUUAGACCGAAACCGGGCGGUAUUUCGUAUUGUGCCGGUUUAAUCAGGAAAACUGGCCGUCACGAUUUUUAACCAGGAAACGACUACCGUAUCGGCCAGGCCCCGAUUUCCGGUUUUACCGGUUCAACCGGCCGGUACGAUCCGGUUUCCUUUACCAUGCAAAAUAUGUGAAAUGCGAUAAAGAGAAGAAUGAUGG